AUGUACCAGAGUAUUCUGCGUCUCUUUUCCCACAGCCUUGCUAUUGGCUCAGUGAGCGGCCAUGCGCAGCAGUGUCCUGACCUGUGUCUGAUCUGGGUGGACGCUCACGCAGACAUCAACACGCCCAUGAGCUCUCCUUCAGGAAACCUCCACGGACAGCCCGUCGCAUUCAUGCUCAAAGAGCUGACGGACAAGAUGCCAGAUAUCCCAGGGUUCUCCUGGACGAAGCCCUUCCUCUCCUCAAGCGACCUCGUGUACAUCGGCCUGCGAGACGUUGACCCCGGAGAGUACCACCUCCUAAAAAACCUGGGCAUCCAGUACUUCACCAUGAGGGACAUCGACCGACUGGGCAUCCAGAGAGUCAUGGAGGUCACUCUGGACCACCUCCUGUCCAGGCAUGUGGCUUUGUUUACUUCAUUUCUGUUUUGUUUAUGUGCUAAAUGUCUGUUUUUUCAUCUUAAAUCCUCCCACCUGUAAAACUGUAAAGUAACU